AUGACCCCGAAGAAGCCGAACUCGGCUCUUCGAAAGGUCGCCCGUGUGCGGCUUUCAAACGGCAAGGAAGUCACGGUUUACAUCCCUGGCGAAGGUCACACGCUGCAAGAACACUCCAUCGUGCUCGUGCGUGGUGGUCGUGUCCGCGAUCUGCCGGGUGUCCGUUACCACGUGGUGCGUGGUUCGCUCGAUACCCUGGGUGUCGAAGGCCGCAAGCAGUCCCGCAGCUUGUACGGCGAACCGGCGACCGCGAACGAUUUGGAACGAGACACGAUGGGACGAAUCACUUCCAGCCGCAAGCAGUUGGUUCCCGACAGCCGGUACAACUCAAUUCUGGUUAGCAAGUUCAUCAACUGCCUGAUGUGGGAUGGCAAAAAAGCCACUGCCCGUCGGGUGUUUUACGAUGCCUUGGAUCUGAUCAAAGAGCGUAUGCCCGAGCAAGAUCCGCUCGAGGUGUUCACCACGGCCGUCGAGAACGUAAAGCCCGCCGUCGAGGUUCGCUCGAAGCGUGUUGGUGGUGCGGCCUACCAAGUGCCGAUGCAGGUGAACAAAGUUCGUCAGCAAUCGUUGGCCAUUCGCUGGAUUCUGAUGGCUAUUCGCGAGAAGAAGGGGCGUGCCACGCACAAGACGCUGGCCGACGAGUUGAUCUCCGCGUUCAAUCGCGAAGGUGCCGCCUUCACUCGCCGCGAAAACAUCCAUCGCAUGGCCGAUGCGAACAAGGCUUUUGCCCACUUCGGACCGAAAGCGGCAUCGUUCUGCCGGUUGCCGUUGGCUACAGGUCGCAUUAGCGAACGUUCGCCGCAUAACGCGACGACAUCUACUAUGGCCCGCGACCUCAACAAACUCCGAAAUAUCGGCAUCAUUGCCCACAUCGACGCCGGCAAGACCACGGUCACCGAGCGGAUGCUCUUCUAUUCCGGUGCCAGCCAUCGCAUGGGCGAUGUGGAUAAAGGCACCACGGUCACCGAUUACGACCCCGAAGAGCAGCAGCGGGGCAUCACCAUCAUCGCGGCCUGUGUCACGUUUCCCUGGCGCGAUGCGAUGAUCAACCUCAUCGAUACCCCGGGCCACGUCGAUUUCACGGCCGAAGUUGAACGCAGUCUUCGCGUUCUCGACGGUGGUGUCGUGGUGUUCAGUGCCCGCGAAGGGGUCGAGGCCCAAAGCGAAACCGUCUGGCGCCAGGCCGACAAGUACCACGUCCCGCGGAUCGCGUUCAUCAACAAAAUGGACCGCGAGGGGGCCGACUUCGAGGGCACGCUCGAUGAAAUCGGCAAGCGGUUGGGCUCCAACCCCAUCGCCGUGCAAAUUCCUCUGGGUGCGGGGCCUCCCCACCAAAGCGAUCCAUUCCGCGGUGUGAUCGACUUGGUCGACAUGAAGCUCCUCACGUUCAAGGCCGAAGGGCAGGGCAAAGAGGUCGUGGCCACCGAGAUACCCGCGGAGUUUCUUGAUGAGGCCCAGCUCUGGCGCGAUCAAAUGCUCGAGACGUUGUUCGACUUCUCGAAUGAGCUAGGCGAGCUGCACCUUUCGGAAAGCGAAGUGCCCGCCGAUUUGAUUCGUCGCGUGCUACGCGACGCCACGGUGCACAACCUGGCCGUGCCGGUGCUGUGCGGCUCGGCGCUCGACUUUAUUGGCAUCCAGCCGCUGCUCGAUGCAGCUGUGGAAUACCUCCCCAGUCCGGCCGACAUGCCGCCGGUCGAGGGUAUCGACCCGAAACACCCCGACAAAAAGCUCGUCCGUAAGGCCGAUCCCGAAGAUCCGUUCUGCGGGCUGGUUUUCAAGAUUCAGGCCGAUAAGCACGGCGAUCUGCACUAUGUCCGUGUCUAUUCCGGGCACCUGAAAGCCAACUCUCGGCUGCUGAACGUGCGUGAGAACAAAAAAGAGAAUGUCGCCCAGUUGUGGCACAUUCAGGCCGACCGCCGUAAGCAAGUCGAAACGGUCGAGGCCGGCGACAUCAUCGGCAUCAUCGGGCUGCGGCACUCGGUUACCGGCGACACGCUCACCACCUCGGCCGAUCCGAUCUCGCUGGAAUCGAUCGAAUUUCCCGAGACUGUCAUCUCCAUGGCCAUCGAGCCGGAGAGUUCGACUGACCGGAAAAAGCUCUCGGAAACGCUGGUGAUGCUCAAUCGUCAGGACCCCACAUUUAGGGCCGACGAGAACCCAGAUACCGGCCAAACGCUGAUCAGCGGCAUGGGCGAGCUGCACCUCGAAGUGAUCAAGAACAAGCUGCUCCGCGACUUCAAUCUGAACGUUCGCGUGCACAAGCCUCGCGUGAGCUACCGAGAAACCAUCGCUCGCAAGGCCGAGGCCACGGGGAUCUGCGAUCGUCAGGUGGCCGGGCAGUCGCUGUUUGCCGAAGUAAAAGUUCGGCUCGAGCCUCAAGAGACGGGGGCCGGCUCGUUUGUCACGAUCAGCCCCCAGGCGAUCGAGCAGAUUGUCGACCCGUAUAUGACUCCCGUGGUCGAGGUGCUCGAGGAAAUGGUCGACGGGGGUGGUUCGCUGGGAUUUCCGCUCACUGACGUGAAAGUAACGGUGCUAGGGGGGAGUGUGCACGAGCUGAACUCCACCGACAUCGCCUUCCGUCACGCGGCUGCCGAAGCGUUCAAUCAGGCCCUGCAAGACGCGGGGGUCGUGCUGUUGGAGCCCAUCAUGAAGAUCGAAAUCACCGUGCCCGAGGAGAAUUUGGGCGAUUUCGUGGCCGAUCUUCAGCAGCGUCGGGCGACCAUCACCGGCACAACCACCCGGGGAACGAACACGAUUUUGAAGGGGUUGGCCCCGCUAGCAAGCUUGUUUGGCUACUCGGUGGCCAUGCGGAGUAUGAGUCAGGGGCGAGCCACCUGCUCGAUGGAGCCGGCAGAGUACGGCCCCGCUCCAGCGGAGGUGCUCGAAAGUUUUCAGUAA